UUCUUCCUCCUCCAGCUCCAAGCAUUUGCUUAGUAGCCAUGGCCUUCUCACUUCCUCAUCACUCUUCUCUUCUUGUCUUCGUCGCACUGCUAGCCUUCCUUUCCCUCCUUGGCCAAUGCGCCUGCCGCAAACUCCUCAACUCGUCUGCCGUAGCCGGGGCCACCUGGUCCUCAGCCGGAGCCACCUGGUAUGGAACAGCCAACGGCGCCGGAAGUGACGGUGGCGCAUGUGGAUAUGGUGGUGCAGUCGCUACGGCUCCGUUUUCGUCCAUGAUAGCAGCAGGAAGUCCUUCGAUCUACAAGUCGGGCAAGGGAUGCGGUGCUUGCUACCAGGUUCUGUGCACGACGAACGACGCGUGCUCCGGAGACCCGGUGACCGUCGUCAUCACGGACGAGUGCCCCGGCGGGCCGUGUCUUGCCGAGCCCGUCCACUUCGACCUCAGCGGGACCGCCUUCGGGGCUAUGGCGAAGCCUAGCCAAGGCGACCAGCUUCGCAACGCAGGCGUCCUUCAAGUACAGUACUCCAGAGUGCAGUGCAGCUACCCGGGCUUCGACGUCACCUUCAAGGUGGAUGCGGGAUCCAACCCAAACUAC